GUCGAGCUGUUGACGUACUGCAAAUGCCAACGAACAAACUUUUGAAAAUUUUAGCUCCUACUCAGUUGCUUUUUGAUUACUGGCUUAGUUUGUCGAUUGUAUAAUUAUACGGACAGUGAGUGUGUGUUAAUGAUAAAGAAAAUAUGAAUAUGAAACAUGCUUUGAGUGGGAUAGUUUAAAAGCAUUACUACUAGCAUAAGCGCGAGUACGUAAGCCAACAGAUCAUAUGAAGCAUGUCUUCAGGUGUAGGUGUUCGUAUAAUGGAAAUUUCAGGCGUGAGUGGAACAGCGAUAUCUUGUUUAACGUGAAAAUCACCGGCUCCGCAUUGCAUAUAUCCACUUUAUAAAUAUAUUCAGCUUUUAUGCUAACAUUAAACAUGAUUGAAUAUUCUACCUACUUCGAAUAUAUAAGCUAUAUUCAAUCGCCUUAAAUAUGUUACACACAGUAACAAAUGAAUCUAUUGUAUUAAAUAAUUAUUUGAAUGAACACGUCAAAAACACAUCAAUUGAAAUUACUGACAUGAAACGUAUUAUUAAAUUGUAUAAAUUAAAGCUGCGAGACGCCAUUCUAUUGGAAUGAUUUAAAUAUCAGUAGACAUUUCUAAAGGUCGCCAAGCCUUUAAACCAAAAUAAGCCAAAGUCCCAAUCGAAUCACAUUCUCAUACCUACAUAUGUAUGUACACACAUUAAGAACUAUGCAGGUGCGUAAAAGAUGGCUAAAUCACGAAAUGCUCUCUACGCUGCUGGAAUAACUUGUUUGGGAUUUUUGUGCUUUGCAUUAGCCUCGGCAGCCAUCGGAAUACCUAUUUGGGGUUACUAUGACAGUCCGACAGGUGGCUAUGACUUCGAUCGGGGAUAUUUCGGCCCCUUCAAAGUUUGCAAGCAGUUAGCAUAUAACCGGGAAAAAUGUGGUAAUGACGUUUCAAAAUUUCGACUAUCCGCUGUGGUUAAUGUAAGUGGUCUAUUAGCCAUUGUUAGCUCCGCGACAUUGGGUAUAUUCUGCAUUCUGUCGGUAAUACAAAUAGCGAUGAUAUCUUCUCGAGAAAAGGUUGUGAUGCAAUACACCACAGUAGUGGUAUUUAAAAUGGUUUUAGCACUGAUUUCGUGUUUACUGGCCAUAAUUGCAACAAUAAUGUUUGCGCUCAAAAUCGAUGAGUCGGAAAAAUAUGGGUUUAAAAUAUCUCGCGGAGUCUCCUUUUAUUUACAGAUUGUGGUUAUUGUAUUAACCGUUGGGCUAUUUCUUGUCGCGCUCUAUGAUGUUCUUUUCUCACGCCGUCCAGGUGGGGACCCCACUAUGAUUGUGGACGCUUCAUCGCCGGCCAGCGCGAUGACGUAUAACAAUCCUGGUUAUAAAGAGCCACGUUCAAGAAACGGGGUUUCGGUCACAGAUGCAUCGGGAAAGCCGUAUAGCGGUAUUCGUAACGGGGGUAGCGUAGCAUCCAUGUCCACUACAAUGACCAGCGUCUCAAACGGUUCGACAGUGGAAUCGGUAACACGUUCGCCUCUUCGUUCCAGCCUAAAGAAACCCCGACCCACUCGGGAUCCUGCGUUAGGUAUACAGAAUCCGGGCUUUUCAGGAUCGGGUAGUUCGCCGCCUAUGCAACGCAGUAAUAGUAUUAAAAAGGUUCGCAUUCAAACGCACAGCACAGAAGUGUAAAGACUGUUUAAGGAAUAUGUAUGUGUUUAGGUGAAAACAUUUUAAAAAUAUUGAAAUUGAAAAUAAAAUGUCGGAAAUAAAUGCAUUGUAUCGUAGAUAAUUGAGCAAAACAUCAAUGCAAAAAGACUGUACUGAAAAAUCCAUACGUACGUACAUACAUGCAUAUUUCGUUAAAAUUUAACCGAAAAAAUUAUACAUACGAAUAUGCAUACGUAUGAACUUAUAUAAAUAAGUAACAGCAGAAACAGCUUUUUGUAAAGAAGUUCCAGAAUUUCGAAUGGUUCAAAAAAAUGUUGAAAUAGUAUUUGGUCUUCCAAAGUAGUGAAAAAAAUACAUAAGAUACUUAUUUAUCGCGCUUUAUUAUGAAAUUAACCUACGUACAUGUUGGCUUUUAGAAAUUAUGUAAUUUCAUAAGUCAGCAUGGUAAUUCUCGAAUAAUAAAGACAUAUCGAAGCACCAGACGCUGUUCGUAAUCAAACUUGUAUCGGACUCGAAACUUUCACCAAACUAAGAACUUGCAACACGCCUAUGCCACAUCUGUUCAUCUGUUGUUAAUGUAUUCGUUCCAAAAUUCGAAAAAAGUUAUGUAUACAGUGCACUCUCUCUUAACGGGCAUCUUCCGUAAGCGGAGCCCUACUCGCCAAACAAUUUUUUUUAUUUAUUGUGUCAAAUAUUUAUAAAUAUGUUCUGGUUUUGGAAAUAAAACUGAUUAAAGAUCUGUCACAAAUUGUUAUUCAUUUUUUACAUUUUUCACAUGAACGGACACCUCCCAUAAGCGGACAAAUUUUUCAGUCCCUCAGGUGCCUGCUUAAGAGAGAGUGAACUGCACAUUUACACUUUGUCUGCACUGUGGCUGCAACAAAUAGGGAAUACGGUAAAGUGUGCGGCACACUUUCUAUUCUUAGACUAUGGUUUGAUGUACGCUCAUUUGAAGUUUGAUUUGAACCCAUUAGAGUUCUAGAUAAUGAAUUGUUACAGUUUUUUCAAGAUAUGUAUAAAACAAAAACGUAUGCAUGUUUAAAUAGCUGUUUUAAGCAUUUUUUAUUUUUUAUUAAUUUUUUGUGUAACUCAGUUUGUUUAAUUUUUUACGCAAAUGUUUAAUUCGAAAUCGAAUACGAUAUGUUUUCUUUUUUAUUUAUUUAAAAUAAAAUAUUUUUUGAAGUAUGAGGCAGAAUGUAAAAAAACAUUACACGAAGCCACGAAUGAAAUUUAAAUGUCAAAAGUCGAGAAAGAGCUGUCAAGUAGAAGAUUGCGCUAUUCUUUAAAGCGCUUGAAGCAAAGCUGAUAUUUGGUCAAAUUUUAUACCUUACAGUACAUUUACUUUUUGUCAGUUGUAGAAGCAAAGCAAGCAUGCAUUGUGGCAGCAUCUUUAGUUUUGUAAAGGCGGUCAUACAAGGUGGAAGCAGUUUCAAUUUGACUUGACUUCUCGAAAAUCACUUCAAUUGGCAAUUAUGACGUAGGCUGCAAAUAUUGAUGGGCAACUUCCGUUGGACAAAAGUUCUUAAUCGUCUUGGAAAAAAAUUAUAUACAAGUUGAAAACUUGCCCAUGCAAGCAUCAAAUUAAUCCACAACUUGCUUGAACUGCUGCUGUAAUCAAUAUCUGACUUACGAUUGCAUUAUUUGUUUACAUUACCUUCCUUUGACUUUUGUCCUUUUUUGUCCAAAUGUACACAUAAGAAGACGUUAUGGUUAGGCGAAUUAAAACAAGGGGAAAAAGAAUUUGGGAUAUUUUUGACGCUGUGUAAAAAGCAGAAAACCUACUGAAAGGUCAAUUUGUUUAAAAAGUUAGUUCGAUACAAAUUUGGAAGGAGUGAAACAUGUUCGGCCGAAUUGAAAAUAAAUUUGAAAUAUGUAAAUUUAAAGUUGCUACUGGCAAAUAAUGGGUUAAGGCAAUGACAAAACUGUUAUCAAAUAAACGUAUCGCAAGAAAAUAUGUCAUACAUUCAUUUCACUUUGUUUGGUAUACUUUGCUGCCAAGGGUAUCACACGAAUUCUAAUUUUUGUAAAUACUGGCAUUGAAUACGCACAAUCGUAAAUAAAAACGAGAAACAAGAUUACUUACCAACAUUUUCUGUCUUCAUUUUUUUAUGUAUAUGCUUGCCCUAACCACCUUUAAAUCGUACCCCUACGACAUCUUCUUGUUCAUAUUUCAAACUCUGUUUGACAUUGGUGCAAUUUCUAUUAAAAAAAUGAAUACGAAUUUCAUGUAACUAGAAUUCUAUAAUUCUAUCUCUAUAAUUCAUUAUUAAUAUGUUGCUACUUAAAAAUAUUAACCCAGAAAGUGAUCAUUGUUAAUUCUUAGGGCUGGCAAAUUGCUAUAAAGAAGAGGCUUUGAAUAAGUGUGAAAUGUGAAUGCGAGAAGAGAUCUUAGGAGUACGAUUUAAUAGUGGUAAGGGUAAGUAUAUGCAAAAAGAAAUUCACGUUCGCUAAAUUUGUAUUUUUUCUUCAAAUUAUUGGAAAGUAAAAUAUAAUGAAGCCGAGUUUGUUCUUCCAUAAUUUGUUUUUUAAUUAUUGCAUAUAUCUUUAUGCAUGUAUCUUUAUAAUGUAUACCUUCUAUUACAGGUAUCAUAACUAUUAAAAGCUUUUAUUUUGGUAAAGAAUGGUUUUUGUUAUUAACAUAAGAUAAUCUGUGUAUCCGUAAAUUGAAAAGAAUUAUUGUGACUUAAGAAAGUACUCGUGUUAAACCAGUAUAUGAUGCUGUAAACUAUUCCGUCCAUGUGUGCUCGAGGCGCAAUCAUAAUUUAAGGCAUUAGUAAAAUAAUUCUCAAAUAGUAACUUAUUGUGCAUCUAAAACUUUUUCGACUUAAAAGGGUCCUCCGGGGUGAAGACUUACUUGUAUAAAAAGUACGAAAAAGUUCAGAAUUCGUAUAUUCUUUUCUUAGUAUUCUCUAAUAAGUCGCACAAAUUUUGUUUUUUAUUAAAAAUAUUUUAAAAUUGACUUCAUUUAAAAAUCCCUUUUUUUAAUUGUUUUCCUCAGGAGAAUAGUAAGGAACCAUUUACAAAAAUUUAGUAGUAAAUCCAUAAUAUAUAUAUAUAUAUAUGUACAUAUACAAUUUAAAUAUAAAUAUUUAAUGGUUACAAAUCGAAGUAUGUUUUAAUCAUUUAAGUACGCAAUAUUUACAAAAAUAUACAUAAAUUAAUUCAUUGGAAAUGAUAAAAAAGAAUGCAGGAAUACAUUUAGGAAUUAUUCCAGCUUUAAGCAUAUUUUAUGUUGUUAUUUAUGUGUGUAUUUUUCAAAACGCACAUCGUUAUCAUUAAAUUUAAGGUGUUUAAGGUUUAAUAUUUAACAUAUUUAAUUAUAAAAUGUAAGGACGUAAAAAAUCAUUGAUUCA